GACAAAGUUGACAUGAUACUUCGAAUCAAAAUGAUGUUGGACGCAUCAAGUGGUAUUUUGUAUUUACAUGAAAACGCCAUUUUACAUCGAGAUAUCAAACCAGACAAUUUCCUUGUGUUUUCAUUAAAUUUAAAUGAUAAAGUAAAUGCUAAAUUGACUGAUUUUGGAAGUGCAAGAAAUGUAAAUUUGUUGAUGAGGAACAUGACUUUCACCAAAGAAAAACACACAAAAUAUGCGGACGUCUUUUCGUUUGGCAUAACUGUAUCUGAAGUGUUUAAAUGGUGUGAAGCGUAUUCAAAUGAGAAUUAUAAGUUUCCUUGGAAAAUAGCUGAUUUUGUAAUGUCAGGAAAACGGCUUGAAAGAAAAGAAAACAUUCCAGAAACCCCGUUUAAAGUGAUAGAAAUGUGCUGGGUACAAGAAAAGGCAAAUAGAGUAUCUAUUGAUAGAAUAGUUAAUUUACUUACUUUGUAA